AUGCCGCCUUGUAAAUUGUGCAAUAGAGAUUCGGGUCUAUGUUCUACUUGCGAGAAAGGUUACUUCGGCCAAGAGUGCGAAACGGCAUGCCCGGCUCACUGUAAAAAUCAGACGUGCAUAAAAGAUACAGGUCUAUGUGCAGUGUGUGAGAUAGGUUACUAUGGCGUUGACUGUGGAUUAGUAUGCCCGGCUCAUUGCGAAGGUCAGACAUGCAUUCGCUCGACGGGUCUAUGCGCCAAGUGUGAAGCAAGUUACUAUGGUGCACGGUGCGAAUCAAACUGCCCGCGACACUGUAAAAAUACGAUAUGCGAGAAAGAUACAGGUCUAUGUGAUAUUUGCGAGCCAGGUUACUAUGGAACUGAAUGCGAAUCAGUAUGCCCGUCUAACUGUGAAAAUAGGGUGUGUAAAAAAAGCACAGGUUUGUGCGACAGGUGUGAGAUAGGUUUCCAUGGCUCCGACUGCCAAUCAGUAUGCCCGGUUCACUGUGAAAGUAACAUGUGUGUAAAAGAUACGGGUCUAUGUGACAGGUGCGAGGAAAAAUAUUAUGGCAACGACUGUUCGCAUGACUGCUCCCCCCAUUGUAACAGUAACAUAUGUGAUAAAAGAAACGGAGCGUGUGGUACCUGCAAGGAUGGGUUCUAUGAUCUCAAGUGUACUACAGCGUGCCAUCCAAAUUGCUACAAUCAAUGCCAUAAGGUUGACGGCAAAUGCACGCAAGAUUGUGACGUUGGGUGGUAUGGCGCUUUCUGUCAUAGAGAAUGUAGCAAAAAUUGCAUCGGGAAGGACAAUAGGUGUGAACGAAUGACCGGCAACUGCGAUUGCAGUCCCGGAUAUUACUUAGCCAAUUGUAGUGGAGUCUGUUCACCCAACUGUACCCUGACGUGUCAUAAAACCAACGGCCUAUGCACAGAAUGCAAGGACGGGGUGUGGGGCGCCGGGUGCGACUUAGCCUGCCCCGAGAACUGCGCAACUGGCUGUGCUCGGGACACUAGACAAUGCAACGAUAGGUGUAAGCCAGGCUUUUACUCGCUUUACUGUGAACGUGCCUGCGCAGUAAAUUGCAACUCGACGUGUGAAAUGCAAAACGGUUUUUGCUUAUCCUGUAAGGCCGGUUGGAUGGACGCGUUUUGUACCACAAGAUGCCCAAGGAGUUGCGCUACUGAAUGUACACGUGACACUGGGGCCUGUAUUGGUGAUUGUGCUGACGGAUAUUACGGAGCAAACUGCGAAAAACUCUGCAUUAACUGCAUGGACAAAUGCGACAGAGUCAGUGGAAUCUGUAUUGAUAAUUGCAAAGCCGGGUUUAGGGCAGAAAAUUGCUCGCUCAACUGUAGCAGGACAUGUGGUGGAGCUUCUGGGGUUGGUGAAUGUCACCGAUACACUGGAGUUUGUUUGGUUGGAUGUGCAGACGGGUUUUGGGGCCCUGGUUGCAUGAACGAAUGUCCUGAACACUGCUUUAAGAAUUGCGAUCAAGAAUUCGGCAACUGUUUCAGAUGUAAGCCCGGAUGGACAGGCAGAACCUGUAACAUUGAUUGUCCCAUCACAUGCGGAGGGGACAGAAGCUGUGUCAGCAACAGGACGUGUAUAUUCGGGUGUCAGAACGGGUACUAUGGCAGCAGAUGUGAAUCAGAAUGUUCCUCAAAAUGUGGCGGGGAGGGCAUCUGUGACAGAGAGACGGCCAUCUGCUACACGGGUUGUAAGCCCGGCUUCUACAGCAAAAAGUGCAAUUUGCCAUGCAGCGAACUGUGUGGAGGAGACGGCCGAUGUGAGAGAGAUACAGGCAAAUGUAUGCUGGGCUGUAGAGAUGGAUACACUGGCUCGACCUGCACACAGCCGUGUCCAGAGUCGUGCCAACUAUGCGACCAGAACACGCAGGUGUGUUACCGGCCGUGUCGUGUUGGUACCCAUGGAACCUCGUGUCAGAAGGAGUGUAACGACACAUGCGGGGGAGAUAAGCGAUGCUCAAGAUCCGAAGGUUUCUGCUUGGAUGGCUGCAAGCCAGGAUACUUCGGCCUCUAUUGUGACAAACCAUGUAAUGGGAAAUGCAAUUCGAAGCUAAAUUGUGACAGAGAUCACGGCUACUGUGACGAGUGUCAAGAUGGCUACCAAGGUUUAGAGUGCGACAUUGAAUGCCCAGAUAUUUGUAUGAAUGGAACAAGGUGUCACCGGAAGUACGGGCACUGUAUAGAUCACUGCCGGGUUGGUUACUAUGGAGAAGACUGCGCGACACCAUGCCCUACGGACUGUGCGUCCAACAAAAGCUGUGAUCGUCACACUUCCGGCUGUGAGAACGGAUGUCAAAUAAAACUUCAUGGAUAUUACUGUGAACUGCAGUGUGCAGAUACUUGCGGCGGAGACGGUUCGUGUCACCAAAACACUAGUUACUGUGAUAAAUGUGAUUAUAACAAAUGGGGCAGGUACUGUGAAAAAGAAUGCUCUCCAAACUGUGCCAGUGACCGAACAUGUCGUGACGAGGAUGGAAAAUGUUUCCACGGAUGUCUAUCAGGAUACUAUACAGCAACAUGUGAAAAACCUUGCCCUGAAGGGUGUAAAAGGGGAACACCUUGUGAGCAUUUGUCGGGAGCUUGUCAGGCACCUUGUAGCCCAGGCAGAUGGGGACUUUCGUGUUCAGAAGAGUGUAGUUCGCAAUGUGGCGGUGACGGAUCGUGUCACGAGGAUGACGAGUUCUGUGUCUAUGGCUGUGUGCCGGGCUACUAUGGCGAGCUGUGUCAAAGGAGAUGUACGGGUAAAUGCGGCGGUGACGGAACUUGUGAUGAAGAUAUGUGUGUAUAUGGUUGUCAACCCGGGUUUUUCACUACCUCCUGCACUGAACCGUGUGAGAAAACGUGUGGGGGUAACAGGACCUGUCACCAGAGCAACGGGGUGUGUGCGGAGGGUUGUGUACCCGGCAGGACGGGAGCACAUUGUCUUAGUGGCAAGUUUAUGUUGUUGUCUUAG